AUGUCUACACCUAAAGCAUCCACAAAAGUUCAAAAGGACCUUGCCUCCCUGAAAUUAGCUGAUCAUAAUGAAGCAAUGCGCCCAAGGCCUUACAAGUUUACCUGCCAGUACUUUGGGCCAGAAUGGGAUAUAAAUUUUGCCAAGAGAAGUUGGAUGAAAGACAGGGUACUUCCCCUGUGUCACACUGCUUCCAUCCAUACUCCAGAGAAUCGAGAGGAAGUCCAUGAAAUGAAAACUGAAGACUUCCUGAACUCAAUCAUCAAUGUUUCAGUUUCCUGGAAAGAACCUCUGAAACACUUGGUGUCUGCAGUGACUGCUCUUCCAGGAGCUUCUGUUAGUAUGGGGAAAAAAGCUGUUGAUAUGAAGGACAAGAAUCUUAUAAUUCUGGAGGGACUUCAGACCUUAUACAACAGGACUCAGGCUAAAGUUGAAGAAAAUUUUGAAAAUUUUGACUACCCUGCCUGGUCUGGACUCAAAGACUUGCAGUCAUCUGAUGAAGACACUCAUCUUUUUGCCAUUUAUAACCUGUGCCGCUGCUUUAAAAGGGACAUCCAUAAGAUUGACACUUAUCUCAAAGUCUUGAGGUGCCGAGUUGUCUUUAAGAACGAGUGUGGAGUGUCCACCUUUUGAAGUCUUGCACCCAAUGUUGAACCAGACUUUUGUAAUGCUUUUUCACCUCUCGGUGUAUUCAGAUCUGUAAUGGAAUUCUUUUCAUAAAAUAAAUUGUAAUUAUUUAGAAA